AGUGAGUUUAAAAAGACUGAAGAACGAAACUGAAAAUGAAACAGAAAAAAACAUGAAAUUAAGAAUGAGAUACUGCUUGCUGGUAAUACUCAUAAUCAACUACUACAGUUUCUGUAUAUUUGCAGAACCAGUUUUUCUUCGAGAAUACUGUUCAGGAGGUAAUUACACUGCUAACAGUACUUACCAGUCUAACCUCAACCUCCUCCUCUCUUCAUCACUCACUGUAUUCCGAAGCGUAGUCAGUAUCGUGAACGAACAUCGAAGUGCAAGUUAUGGGUUCAAACCUGAUACUGCUUACGGGUCUUACCAGUGUAGAAGUGAUCUUGAAUCAAAAGAUUGUGAAGCUUGUUUUGAUUCAGUAACUGGAGAUAUUUUAAAUAGCAUUAGAUGUCCAAAUUCUAGACAAGGGAUUGUAUGGUAUGAAGAAUGUAUUUUAAAGUACUCUAAUGAAUCGUUUAUUCCAACCGUGCAAGAAAAACCAGUGUUUUAUAUCGUAAACGAAACUAAGGUUGCUAGUAAUCAAGAUGAGUUUAAUAAGACCUUAGCUGGGUUGAUGGAUGGGCUAGUCAGAGAAAGUACUGCUUCUGAAGAUAGUCACCAGUUUGCUACUGGAGAAGCAAAUUUAACAGUAUCUAAGAAGAUAUAUGGAUUGGUACAAUGUACACCAGAUAUUUUGUCAAGUGAUUGCAGGAACUGCCUUAACCGGGUUGUCAGGAAUCUAUCAGCAUGUUGCCUUGGAAAAGUUGGUGCAAGAGUUCUUAAUCCAAAUUGUAACUUCAGAUAUGAGCUAUAUCCUUUCUAUGAAUCUAAGGUUAUGAAUGCAACAGCUCCUCAACCGUCCUUGCCUCCUCCAGCAAAUGCAAAGAGAAAGAACUCUUCUGCCAAAUUUGCUAUUAUUAUGGCCGUUCUUUCGGUUAUUGCAGUACUCUGCAUAAUUGCAAUUUGGUGCUUAUGCUCACGAAAAGCAUCAAGGAAAACAAAGAAAUUUGAUAAAAUUUAUGAGAUUCAGAGUGCUGAAUCUGUCCAGUUCAACUUCGAUACAAUAAAAGCUGCCACUGACAAUUUCUCUACUGCUAACAUACUCGGGGAAGGUGGUUUCGGUCCCGUAUACAAGGGUACACUUUCUGAUGCCCAAGAGAUAGCUGUGAAGAGGCUCUCUAAAAAUUCAGGUCAAGGCGAAGUAGAAUUUAAGAACGAGGUUGUUUUACUUGUAAAACUGCAGCACAGAAACCUUGUGAAGCUUCUCGGUUUCUGCCUGGAUGGACAAGAAAGACUACUUGUUUACAAUUUCAUGCCGAAUUCAAGCCUGGAUAGAUUGAUAUUCGGCCCGGUUCCACGCACACAUUUGGAUUGGAAAAAACGCUAUAAGAUUAUAGGAGGGAUAGGAAGAGGGCUUCUUUACCUGCACGAGGAUUCCCGACUUAAGAUUAUUCAUCGUGAUCUCAAGGCCAGCAAUGUAUUAUUAGAUGCAGACAUGAACCCCAAGAUUGCUGAUUUUGGCAUGGCUAGACUUUUCAAGGUGGAUCAAACUCAAGCCAGUACAAAUAGAAUUGUUGGAACAUAUGGAUACAUGGCUCCAGAGUAUGCAAUGCAUGGAAAAUUCUCUGACAAAACAGAUGUCUUCAGUUUCGGUGUCUUAGUUCUGGAGAUUAUUAUCGGAAAAAAGAUCAACGAUCCAGAAAUCUCUGGAGACCUUCUCAGCUAUGCAUGGAGACACUGGAACAACGGGACAGCAUUAGAAAUGUUAAGUUCGAAUUUGAAAGACAAUCAUUCUGAAAGUGAAGUAAUGAGAUGCAUCCACAUUGGAUUAUUAUGUGUUCAAGAAAAUGCAGCUGACAGACCCACUAUGGCGAAAAUCGUUCUAAUGCUUAACUACUCUACUAAUCUACCAGUACCAUCAGUGCCUGCUCUUUUUUCUCAUAGUUUCAAGAAUCAUGAUCUUACUUGGGGAGCGAAUACAGACCCAUCAAGUGUUAAUGAAGCUUCAAUUACUGAAUUAUUCCCUCGAUGAUCAAAUCAAAGUUUCUGUAUACUCCACUAUGAUCUUCACUGAGUGUACUUUAACACUUGUUUGGGUGCUUAAAUAAAAUUUGGGUGCUUAAAUAAAUUUAUCUUGUGGUAUUUGUUCAGUUCUCUCACUGCUCAUUCCAUUUCUAUCCCUGUUGUUAAUGGCAAACACAAUCAUCCCUGGAUUCAAUCAUAUUCUCAAACGAAUUCCCAUCUUUUCUUCUUAUUCUUCACUGAUUAGAUGUCCGUCUCCUUUUCCUCCUCUUACUUCCACACCAAUUAAGACUUCCUCCUCUCGUUUCACACUUCUUUCAGCUUCCAUGAGCAGUGACAGUAACCCCACAAAUGGUGAAUCUCCAGUCAAUCCACCACCAAUCUCUACCAAAACUGUUAGGGUUGUGGUGAAAGGAAGAGUACAAGGAGUAUUUUAUAGGAACUGGACAAUUGAGAAUGCUAAUGAAUUAGGCCUGAAAGGUUGGGUACGCAACAGAAGAGAUGGCUCAGUUGAAGCACUUUUCUCUGGUGAUCCUGAUUCAGUCAGUAACAUGGAAGAAAGAUGCAGGCGUGGUCCAAGAGAUGCUCUUGUUACUUCACUGCAAGUUUUUCCUUCUGCUGAUGAGCCUGGAGAUGCUUUUGUACGCUACCCAACUCUUUAAUGUAGAAAAGAUGCCACUUGCGAGCUUGUAGUGGUGUGCACCACUUGUGAACUUGCAGUGGCGUGCACCAAAAAGGGCAGGCCAUGCUCUACGCAUUUGCUUGUAAUCGUGUGAAUGAAGAAUGGUUGUUUAAUGAACUUAAGUUGCUUUUAAUUGAUAUUGCUAG